UCAGAGAGACACUUGACUACUUCAUUGGUGAAACAUGGCUGCGCAAAAAACUCCAAUCUUCUUCUCUGCGACCCUUUUCCUUUUUGUUACAGUGUCAAUGCAUCCUAAGGAAGAUGUGCCUUCUCAUCCGUCUGCUGCUUUUUAUUUCUCCUGUCUGUGGGGAUCUGUUAAACUUUAAACCUUACUCUGGGUCUUACAUGACAACUUGGACAAAGGCACAGACCUUCUGCAGGAAGUACCACACUGACCUGAUCACAAUCAGAAAUGAACAAGAGAACACAUUUUUCAAAUCUGGAGGCUGGAUCGGAUUAUAUCGAGCUAAUACAAAUACAUGGAAAUGGUCCCGAGGAGAUGAGAUAGCUAGCUUCAUCAAGUGGGAUAGUUCUCAGCCAAGUCAAAAUGGAGACUGUGUAUAUAAGCAUGAUGGUGUAUGGUGGACUCACGGUUGCCAUUACAAUCAUUCUUUCAUGUGUUAUGAUGAGAAACUGGUUUUGGUGAAGGAGAAUAAGACGUGGGAGGAGGCAUUAAACCACUGCAGGUCUCUGGGUGCAGUGGACACAAAUGAUCCCAACUCUCCCUACAGGAACCAUCGCUACGACCUGGCCACACUGAUCACUACUGAUGACCACACCUAUGCACGGGAGAGAGCACAACAAGCUACCACUGAUGAGGUGUGGACGGGCCUGUGUAACCUGGCUGGUGAGUGGCUGUGGGUGGGUGGAGGACAGAUGCAAUAUGAAAAUAUUCCAAGCUGCCCAACUAAUGGCUUCUGUGGCGUCCUCGAGAAGAGUGGUACUGCAUCCUAUGGCAUAAGAAACUGUCAGCAGAGAAGGAACUUCUUCUGUUACAUAAAGCCAUAAAGCCACUUACUCAAGUUCUGUAUGUUUGUAUAUAAGGAUUUUCUUUGCAAUGGCUCUUACUUAAUUUUGACUACUUGUUUAAAGAUAUUUCUAAAUUACUUCAAACUUUUGAUCACUGUUAUAUGCACUAUUUUACUGGGAAUGUUAUACUAGUUACUGCAAGAUGUGUGUUUAUUAUGUCAUUACAAUUUAUUAGAAAGUUUAGCCAACCAGCAUU